AACGCGCACGCAUCGCAUAUGUGCAUGACGGAUCGCUUUCCUGACAGCCUGUAAGCCGACAGACAGUGCAGCAAUAAGCAUACUGAAUACAACACCACGCCAAGCACACGGAAAGUAAUAUUAACGCGAAAAGGCAAACUGAUUCAAGAUCUUCGUCUAGUGUUGGAAAAUGGCUCCAGGAUUCGGCGAUGAAGAAAAGAAUGGGGAAUGUAAAGGCCCAAAGUCCAUUAAGGUGAACAAUCCACACUUGGACUCAAUGAAAGAGGAUAUACUGUACCAUUUCAACUUGGGAACAGCAUCGCAUGACUUACCAGCAAUGUUUGGGGAUGUUAAAUUUGUUUGUGUUGGGGGUAGUCCCUGGAGGAUGAAAGCUUUCAUCCAAUACAUCGCUGGAGAGCUGGGACUGGGGGACCCCAAAACAGACUACCCUAACAUCUGUGAAGGAACUGACCGCUACAACAUGUACAAAGUGGGCCCUGUGUUGUCUGUUAGCCAUGGCAUGGGCAUCCCUUCAAUUGCUAUAAUGUUACACGAACUCAUCAAGCUCCUGUACCACGCAAAAUGCUCUGAUGUCACAGUAGUGCGCAUUGGGACUUCAGGUGGAAUAGGUCUAAAGCCAGGUACUGUGGUCAUCACCAAGCAGUCUGUGGAUGCUCGUUUCCAACCGCAGUUUGAGCAGGUCAUUCUUGGGAAGACAGUGGUUCACAGUACAGACUUGGAUGAAGAUCUGACUGAGGAACUUCUCCAGUGUGGGGCAGAGCUGGAUGAAUUUGAGACAGUCGUAGGCAACACCAUGUGCACACUGGACUUCUAUGAAGGUCAAGCUCGUCUGGAUGGUGCUUUCUGCUCCUACACUGAAGAGGACAAGCAGAACUACUUGGCUGAGGCGUACUCUGCAGGAGUCCGUAACAUUGAGAUGGAGUCGUCCGUGUUUGCAGCUAUGUGCAAACUCAGUGGUCUUCGAGGUGCGGUGGUGUGCGUGGCACUGCUGGAUCGCUUGAAAGGGGAUCAGUUGACAAGCCCUCAUGAUGUUCUCCACAACUUCCAGCAACGUCCCCAGAUACUGGUGGGGCACUAUAUCAAGAAGCAGCUGAAUGCAUCACAGAAAAAGUGAUCACCAAGGUAUGCAUUUUUUAAAAUCAAUGCUGUGCACAUUCGCAAUCUUUACAUGAUGUCAGUUGGUUGAUACAGUGGGCUUGGCCAAUAGGAAAAUCUAUCCACAUGAUUUCAAGACGUGUGAAUCUGCACAGCAUUGAUCCAGAAAGUGUCAUGCAAUGUUAGUCAUUCUAGAGAGUCUGAUCUUAGCUUUCCUAUAAUAAUUGUGGUCUGAAGAAAUGAUCUUUAUUACUUGUAGACAUUUUGUUUUUGUGUCUGUGAACAAAUUAAUUUAGGAAACAUUUGCACUAAUGCUAGAUUUGGUGCACAGUCUAUGUAUACAUUAUGGACUGAUUAUAUGCAAACAGUGUAAAUACUCCCAAGUUCUUGCUAGCAUAAAAA